ACCAGACUCGAGUCGAGAUCGGGGCGCGGCCGUCAUAUCAUCAUUCAGUAGACAGACAACAAGAUAUGCGAGGACAUUGACACUAGGGGCGGAUCGAUCGAGCGCAAUAUUACAGUAUCAUAGACGAAAACUAAGCAGCAUCCUCUACAGCCGCCGACGCGGUCGUCGGGCAGUCGCGCGAAAUAUGGCCCUCCGAGCCGCAAGUGUAACACGCGCGCCGCUGGGGUUGCGGGCAAUCUUUCGACAUGUGCCCGAUGCCGGAGCAGUUGUAGCACCGACUGCCUUGCACGCAAUCCCGCGACAGAUGGCCAACUCCUCCACAAGUGUAGCAGGUUUUGUUCGCUCCACCACCGGAGAAUGCACCAGAGCUUCCCCCGGCAGUGGUGCCCGCCUGGGGACACGCACGCGCGAUGUGGCCGACCUGACCGCAGCGGUAGCAUUCCUGGCUACCACCGUAACCAGCGCCGGCCGGAGCGGCCACCGUCUCGGGGCAGUCCCGCGACUGGAGGCUCGGAUGAGUAAAAGAAAGGCAAAUGUUGCGGCGCACUCACCAGGUGCCCUUCCUUGCCGCACUUGUAGCAAGCCUUUGGUUUUGCCUCACCCGUGCAGUCGCGGGAGACAUGGCCCUCGCCGCCGCCUAAACAGGCUGUCAAGAGAGGAUUGCCCGCGCAAGAUCGGACAUACAGUUAUAGCAAGUCGGCGUGCCCGCCUUUGGGCAGCUCGCGGCCUGGUGGCCAAAUCCUCCGCAGUUAAAGCAACCCCGCGCACCGGCCAUGGCAGUUACAAGUUUUUGGGUGAGAAGAGAGGGACUGGGGAGCGGGGAGAGCGGAGUGGCGAGGAGGCCUGCGCGGAGGGUUUUUGAUCGAGAGUGAGGAGAAAAGAAGAAUGCGUAUGUAAGCGAUCUGUCGGCGACGCCGCCAGACGCGCGUGGGAAUCCGCGCC